UUUAAGCCAGAGCUUUCUUCAGCUUCAUGUGAGAACAUAAAAGCAGGCCUAGAUUGGCGGCAUAAACAGCAAACCCACAAAGAGCUGCAUUGGCCUACAACUUUCCAAGGUGCAGGUUUGUCUACAGAUGUCUUCCGCCUUCUACCGUUUUUGCAUCCUUGCGCUUUUGUUUUUUCGAUGAAGUGAGGCAGAGAGAGGACGAGGAAAAGUUUUGGCCCUUUAUAAGAGACUUUGACAGUUUAAAAUACAAGCAUCUUUGCAACAAUUAUUUGUCACGUUCAUAAACAGAGCAACAACUCUUCAGAUCCAACAUUCAAAAUGAAGACGAUCGUGUGUUUUUUGUUUGUGCUGGGUGCACUCUCUGCUCAAGGUGAAGUGUUCCACUCAAAGGUUGGGGAGAAAGUCUUGCUGAAGUGUGGGCUCAACUCGUACACCAGAAGUCUGACAUGGUUUUACAAUGAUAACAAGAUUGUAAGCGUUGAUAAGAGUGGUCGCCCUCGCAAAGGCUCAAUCGACAUCACAGAAAGGUCGAAGACAUUAAACACCAACCUGGAAAUCUCAAGAGUACAGAAAACAGACGCAGGAGAGUUCAUGUGCGAGGUAGAUGGUUCUUCGCAACAUCACACACUUCUUGUGGUGUCAGUCUCAGUCACUCCCUCUGCUGAACUCUGGCUGGGAGCCAAGGCUACGCUCAGCUGUCAGGUAUACCCUCAGGACAAAGGCAAGGAUGUUCAAUUGGAGAGCCCAGAUGGACGUAAACACACAGGGUCAAACAAAGAACUCAACCCUAUAGCCUCCUCAGAUGCAGGGAGCUGGAAGUGUGUGUUCACCUGGGAGCGCAAGACAUUCACUGAGAGUAUUACCAUCGGUGUACGAGAGCCUACUACUCCAACGACAACAUCUAAUUCCAAAAGCUCCACCAAGAUCCCCUGCGACCACUGUGCUAAGCCAGGCAACUCUGGCCAAAAGCCCAGCGGUGACUUCCAGCUGCUGGGGCUCAAGUGGUGGGUGUGGCUCUCAAUCGGUAUCGGCGGCCUGCUUGUGAUUCUCCUCAUCAUUUUUGUCAUUAAGACGUGCAGGACGAUCAAACGAAGGAAGAGGAGAUUUCAGAUGAUGAAGAAUGCCCAACAUCAAAUGAGAUCCAAGAAUUACUGCAAGUGUGACCGCUCAACAGCUGCAGCGAAACCGCAGAAAGGACGCCGCAGAGAGAAGCCAUCAGCCCUCCCUCUGAAACCCCUGCUAGUGUAGUGACAUGAAAGGCAGAACCAAGAAAAGAGAGAUGGAGGAAAAAACAAAGAAUGAAAUAGAUGGAGAUGAAGAGAAAGAGAGAGCAAGUGAAAGAUAACUCCAUCUUGAAUAUGGCAUGAAUGUAAAUGGGCCUUCGAAUGCUCUUUAUGAAUGCAGAGAUCAAAUGUGGGCUGAGCUUUUUUCCACAAAGCACAACCAAAGAACUUGACUUAUUUGUUUUCUCUGUUUUCCUCGAAACAGAACUUUUCCUGCGUUACUUGUUAUGCUUAGAUCCUCUUGCACGUAUUUUAAUUUUCACAUUUAUGCAGGAGAAUGUUAUUGUCAAGUAUAAAUUCAAAGACAAAUGCUUUUCUUGAUAAAACAUGCUGCGUUUUUGGCAUCUUUGCCUUCAUGAAAAAUGAAAAUGUUGAAGUAUGACAUGAAGCUUUUUUUUUUAUUAUUUUUUUUGUCUUUUUGUUAUGGCCAGGCAAUAAAAUAUACUCAACCACAAAA